UGAGCUGAAACGUCGUGAAGGAGGCGUGAGGCCUAGCUCCUGUAUGCAACCAGCUAGCUAAAGCUCUAAAAGAUAAUCGAUCGUGUGUGGAUUUUAUAAAACGUGAAACAUCGAUUGAGUAAAAUAAAGAAAAGGAACAUAUUUUGCUGCAGGAGUUCUACCUGCCACCAUGUCGCUGGAAGCACCAGACAUGGGCCAAGAUCCUGCACCAGACAUGGGCCAAGAUCCUGCACCAGACAUGUCCCCAGAACUAGCUGCAGAUUCCGCUCCAGCCCCAGAAUUAGCCCCUGAGCUAACACCAGAUACAGCCCCAGAACUAGCUGCAGAUUCAGCUCCGGUCCCAGUAAUGAAUCCAGGUUGUAAGAUCAUGACAUUCCGGCCCACCAUGGAGGAAUUCAAGGACUUUGCCAAAUACGUUGCCUACAUGGAGACUCAAGGAGCACACCGCGCAGGCCUGGCGAAGGUGAUUCCCCCCAAGGGCUGGAAGCCACGGAAGUCAUAUGACGUCAUUGAGGAGAUGACGAUCCCUGCUCCCAUCAUGCAGGUGGUGACGGGCCAGUCAGGCCUCUUUACCCAGUACAACAUCCAGAAGAAGUCCAUGACUGUGGGGGAGUACCGCCAACUGGCCAACAGCAGAAAGUACUGUACUCCCCGACACAAGGACUUUGACGACCUGGAGAGGAAGUACUGGAAGAACCUCACCUUUGUGUCUCCAAUCUACGGGGCUGACGUCAGCGGCUCCAUCUAUGACUCCGAGAUCAGUGAGUGGAACAUCGGCCACCUGAACACGCUGCUGGACAUGGUGGAGCAGGAGUGUGGCAUCGUGAUCGAGGGGGUGAACACUCCCUACCUGUACUUUGGCAUGUGGAAGACCACCUUCGCCUGGCACACAGAGGACAUGGAUCUCUACAGUAUCAACUACCUCCACUUUGGAGAGCCCAAGUCCUGGUAUGCCAUCCCACCUGAGCACGGGAAAAGACUGGAGAGGCUGGCUCAAGGUUUCUUCCCAGGCAGUUCCCAGGGCUGUGACGCCUUUCUCCGCCACAAGAUGACUCUCAUCUCCCCGUCCAUACUGAAGAAGUACAGCAUCCCCUUCGACAGGAUCACUCAGGAAGAAGGCGAGUUUAUGGUCACCUUUCCUUAUGGCUAUCAUGCCGGAUUCAACCACGGCUUCAACUGCGCCGAGUCCACCAACUUUGCCACCCUGCGUUGGAUUGACUACGGCAAGAUGGCAACACAGUGUACAUGUCGUAAGGACAUGGUGAAGAUCUCCAUGGACGUGUUUGUCCGCUGCCUGCAGCCGGAGCGCUACGUCCAGUGGAAACAGGGCAAGGACGGCAUGGUGCUGGACCACCAGCGACCCACCACCCUGACCAGCCCUGAGCUGGAGCACUGGAGGGCCAACCGGGUCACCUACCGCCAGAAACUGCUUCAGAGAGCUUUACAGAAGAAGGAGCAGCUGCGGCGGCUGAAACUGGAGGAGGUCAAGGUUCUGGCGGAGGAAGGCAUCGAGAUGGAUGCCGCCGAGUACCAGCGUCAGGUGGAGGAGCGAGAGGCCCAGCGGCGUCAGGAGAGGGAGGAGAGGAUGGCCCGGGAGGCGUUUCAGACCCUGGAGGCCAUGGAGAGAGAGGACCAGGAGAGGGAAGAACGGGAGAGGCAGGAAGCCGUUGCCGCCAAGGCCACAAGAGUACACGACCCCCAGGCAGACCCACAGCACUUGACGGUGAAUGGAGAGAAGAAAAAGAAGAAGAAGAAGAAGAAGAAGAAGCAACAACAACCUACCCUGCCGCUGGCCCCUAUAAAUUCCUUCCAAGCAGCGUUUGAGAAAUUUGCCACAUUCAACAUGCCCCAGACACCAAAGGAGCCCCAAGGCAGCAAUGACACGGAAAUACUAGCAGAGGGCAGGCUUGAUGUGAAAGGCAUGCAGCAGCAGUCAUCGUACUACUCUAAGCAGUUGAAGAUUAAGAUGGAGGUGAAGAAGAGUCGCCGGCAUCCCCUCAGCAAGCCGCCUAUGCGCUCUCCGCUAUCCAUCGUCAAGCAGGAAAUGUCCAGCGAUGAAGAGCUGUUCUCCCCUUUGCCACUGGAUGGCCAUGUGAAGAAGGCGGGCCACUUGUGGCAGAACCGCACUCCUAACAUCCUGGCUGAGAAGAGUUUCAACGCGGCCGUGGCCACCCUGGAACCCUACUGUGCCGUAUGCACUCUGUUCUGCCCAUACACCCAGCCCCAGAAGGACUCUCUGUACCUGUCUGACAGCCCCAGUGCCCCCAACCACCCCCACACUCCCGGCUGCGGCAGCCGCACCCACCCGCUGGUCCCAGAGAUGUGCUUCAGCGCCGGGCCGGACAACACUGAGCCGCUGCCCUCCAACUCCCACACGGGAGAAGACUGCACCAGCCCGCUGAUCUCCUGCUCCUUCUGCAACCUGCAGGUCCACUCCAGUUGUUAUGGUGUUAGUCUGGACACGGUACACAAUCAGUCCUGGAUGUGUUCGCGAUGUACAGCGCUCGCCUGGACAGCGGACUGCUGUCUGUGUAACUUACGGGGAGGGGCUCUGAAGAUGACCACAGACAACCGGUGGGUCCAUGUGAUUUGUGCCAUCGCCGUGGCGGAGGCUCGCUUCGUCAACGCCAUCGCAAGGGAGCCGGUGGACAUCAGCGCCAUCCCCGAUAGCAGGAAGAGUCUGAAGUGUGUGUACUGCCACAAGAACACCAAGCAGAUGUGCGGGGCGUGUAUCCAGUGUUCCCAGGACAACUGCUCCACCUCCUUCCACGUCACCUGUGCCCACAUCGCCGGUGUGCUCAUGAAGCCAGCCGAUUGGCCCUACGUGGUGUCUGUCACCUGUCACAAGCAUAAGAAGACCAAUCACAAGGCAAGGGUGGGACCAAGGGGGGAGUUUUCUCUUGGUCAGAAGGUAAUUGGUCGGAACAUCGAUGGCUGGUUCUACCCCUGCACCAUCAUUGGCAUGACCUCACAAACCUUCUAUGAGGUCAACUUCGAUGACGGCUCCUACUGUGACAACAUCUUCCCCGAGAACAUUGUGAGUCACGACUGUCUUCGUAACGGUCCCCCAGAGACCAGCGAGCUGAUGUUGGUCCACAACAUGGAGGGCCAGGCGCUCAACGCCUCCUACGUCAAGGAUCACGUGCACAAGUACUACCAGGUGGAGUUCCAAGAUGAGUCCCAGCUGUUACUGAAGCAAACAGAGAUCCAUUCGCUGGAGCUGGACCUGCCCAAGAGGGUCUGCACUCGCCUGGCAAUACCAACCCAGGAAGCCCUUCUGUCAGGAGACGAACCACAGGCAGCCAAGAGGCCUCGCCUCCCCGCCCUUCACCCCACACCUCAAGCCCCCAUGGACCCCAGAUGCCAAACCCCAGCUACAGGCCCUGUACCUCACAGUAUUACACCUCACACACCUAGCCAUGCUCCUGGUCCCUCCAACACUGAUAUCAGCGCCCUUACCCUCACCCAGGCUUUGGCAAUACCCAUCUCCGAGCCCACCCUCACCCCAAUGCCAACUCUCACUGAUCCUCUCCCAGCCCCGUCGGCCCUAGCCGCUCCUCUGCUGCCCCUCUCCCCAGCCGUGCCCUUCCAGGACCAGGGUGAAGUUUACACAGCCAGGUCCGUGCCCUUCCAGGACCAGGGUGAAGCUUACACAGCCAGGUCCGUGUCCUUCCAGGACCAGGGUGAAGUUUACACAGCCAGGUCCGUGCCCUUCCAGGACCAGGGUGAAGUUUACACAGCCAGGUCCAUGCCCUUCCAGGACCAGGGUGAAGUUUACACAGCCAGGUCCAUGCCCUUCCAGGACCAGGGUGAAGCUUACACAGCCAGGUCCAUGCCCUUCCAGGACCAGGGUGAAGGAUACACGCCCAGCUCCAGCUACGUGUCCUACAUGGAGACGCUGCUCAAUACACACUUCCCCCCUCAGGAAGAUGGACCCGGGCCCCUGUUUUAAUGAGACGCCACCACUCUGCCGUGAUAGCUAGGCUAACAGGAGCUAAGCUAAUGCUAGGAAAGAUAAUGUAAUCUAUGCUAAAGGAGGCUAAGUGAUAGACAGUAGCAUCUGUUACAGAAUGCAGAUAAAGCACUCCUCAGUUGCAUGUCUUUUUUUUUUUAAGGGUGGGUGGGGUGUGGGGG